ACACUCGUGUUCAUGCGCGCUAGCGCAUGCUUGUUUCACGUUUUGAGACGCUCUCAUCAGCUGCUGUUGGAGCUGCGGGCGGCGAUCAAGAUAGCGAAAUGUCUGCCACUAUGAACAGCGCAAGGUUUGAGGAUGAGAUGAACACCAUCCCUCUCGCUGACGAAGAUGCUCAAGAUGAAAGCGACACAUCUAUUUCGGCUGGCAGUGCGAUGGGAACUCAGAGUAUAGAGUCUAUCCCAUCCACAUACACCAAUGGCAGCAGCAGCCCUGCGCUAACCUCCCUGGAUCCAGACAUGAGUCCUGAUGAAGCUGAAGAGAAAGCUAGGCUGAUUUCACAAGUACUAGAACUCCAGAACACGCUUGAUGACCUCUCCCAGCGUGUGGAUAGUGUGAAGGAAGAGAAUUUGAAGCUCAAGUCUGAGAACCAAGUUUUGGGGCAGUACAUUGAGAACCUCAUGUCUGCCUCCAGUGUGUUCCAGUCCACUUCACCAAAGACCAAGAAGAAGUGAACACUGUAUGCAGGAUUGCUGCGUAUGCUAAAAAAAAGGGGGGGGGGGGGGCACUGCUGCUAUUGUUGCUGCUUAGUGACACAUAAAUGAGGACACACAAUGGCCAUUUGAAAUAUGCUUUGUUGUUGCCUUUUUGAGUCCUAGUGUUCUAGUGUUAUUGCUGUCAAUUACAAUGUCUUAGGUCAUCAGUGUGGACAAUUCAUCAGUGUGUAGCAACCUGGAAAAAAAAAUUUUGAGGACCUCCAGAAAUCUUGAAAUAAGGAAGGAUGACGAGGUGAAAUGAAUCAUGUUCAAUGUUUGGUGUGCCUGAUUCCCCACAAGGCUUUCUGAAUUGUGAACGGUGUUUCCCUCACAUUUGGUAAUGUAUCAGAACUGAAUUGCUGGACUGUAAUUAAAAAAAAGAUUUUCUACUGAUGAAGGAGGUCUCCUAUAGUUCGCCACCUUAUCAUUUAUUAAAUUUUUACUUAAUUGGGUAAAACCUGAGAAAGCCAGUUACAGGUAGAAAAGUGUUCUUGCUAGGCAUUUUGCUUCGAUUACUGUAUCAACUCAUGUGAAAGCUGCACCCGUAACUGAGGCAAAAACUUCAAGGAAGAGUGGUUUAGUUUUAUCUGUCUAUAAAGUGCACGACAAACCUAGAGAGAUGAAAGAAGCCAUCUUCCAAUGAAAAAAACAAACCUUGCUUGGCUCUGUUAAGCCACAGCCAUAGUUGUAUGAAUGUACAUUUUCUAGUAGCCAGUGUUAUCCAUCCCAGCCUAUGCGAGCAUGCAGGGCAAUGUGAUCUUCUAAAAAUGUGCACACUUUCAGAAAAGAACCUCUGUGAGCGCGAGUAUGUGUGCAAUAGCUACACAACCUUUCACAGAAAAUUUGGAAAAUAAUUGAGGUACUGUUAUUAUGAUGUAAUGUACCAUGUGACACAGGGUGCGGACAGUGCACAAGAUAGGCAAUUUUCGAACCUCGGAGAAUAAUGGAGCUUGCAAGUAAGUUCAGUGGAAGUGAGUGUGUGCCUAUCUUUUUGCUCGUGGCACGACUUGUUAACUUCUCGUUUCAGUUCUUAGAAUACUCUUGAGACUGUUCAUGCGGGCUUGCAGAAGCAAAGCAAAAGGCUGACAUUGACCUUCAUAACUGAAACUUUAUAGCAAAUUUUAUAUGGCGAGUAAACGGCAGUCUUGCCCCAGUGACAUACUCAUUGAUAACAAGCAUUAUUGAGGAAGAGAUGGUGGUAAAUGCUGCAUAGGGGGCAGCCAGCAGAGGAUGAAAAUUGCUGAUGUGAUUCAACUUACAAAGACCAGCAAGAAUCAGUGAAGAUGGGGGGUUCUGUUUGGCGUUUUUCUUCAGCGCACCUUAAGUGACGGGCCAAAGACAAGAAUGGUCAAGAGACAGAAUUCACAUUUAUUCUUUAAUUAAAGGCCAGAACAAUCGGUGGAGGAAAGAAGGCUGCAAUUUGACUGGAGUAGCAGUGUCAGUGUUGCGCAGAGCACACACGAACUAUCUACUUGUUACAGGCUCACUACAUUGCAGAAAUCCACGUGGUUUCAGCAGCUAGAGAUGUUAUUGAGAUGUUAUUGUGUUUUUCUUGUUAUGUUGCUUAAUGCAUUACUCUCUCGCUGGCUGAAGCAUAGUGUUGCCAUUCAAAGGCAUCCUGUUCUACAACUUGAGAAAACUCUAAGCAACAGUGAAGACGAUGCACCAUUUGAGGUGAUUACUGUCAUUGUGUCCCGCUAAGGUUACCAGAGGGAAAUCUGGCGCUGGCUGUUGUAUAGAUGUGAUUACUAUCAUUGUAUAUCCCACAAAAGUUUGUACUAUAUUUACUAGAAGAUAGGUCAAACACGAAUACUGGUCGACCAAUACCUUUUGAGGAAGGUGAAAAACUUUCAACAUGACACACCUUUAUUUACCGAAAGCUCGGCUACUAAAUCUCUAUAGUCGAUGCUGCAAGCUUAACCGAGGUUGGAACUGGCAGAGAAAUUGUCCUCGUCUGAUGCUUCUCGGGCGUCGUCAGCACCUAAAAUGACAAUGGACAUGUGGCAUUUCUUAAAGCCAGUCUGAAUAAUGUCCAGACUGGUUUUUCAGCGGGUGCAAUGCUGAAACUUCACCAUCUUGGUACUUUUGCUAGUUUUGUUCUUGAAUAUAGGUCGAGAUUCUGUGAUCACCAGUGUAGGUCGAUGGCUCAUUUUGAGUAACAUUUUUGCAAGGAAAAAGAAAGGUCAACUUAUAUUCAGUAAAUACGAUAGCUGCCAUUAUAAUAAUUAUAAACAGUUCUGUAGGUGCUACAGUCAUUCAACCACCAUAGCAAUGAUGGGUAGUGCAGAUUUUUUUUUACCAUUUGACACAGCUUAAUUAAAGAAAGCAAACUGUGGUUUCCUUCAUUGUGUUUUUGGCUGAAGUAGAACAACAGUCUUUUACAGCAAUAUCACAUUGAAAACUCCAUUCUGUAAUGUAAUUUCUAAUGCAUAAGCAAGUCUCAGCAUUACGCAUGCCACUAGGUCUGGACUACUGGUGUAGUGACACUAACUUUUGGUAACAGUGUUAAAAUUUUAGAGAGCAAUCUUUAUUUGUAAUAUUCUGAAAACAAUGGAACAUAUUGGAGGGUAACUGCACAGCAAAUUUGAAGCAACAAUAUUAGAUUAAAACCUGGAAGGUUGUUCGAAGCCAAGGGGACUAAAUUUAGAGAAAUUUAUGUACUAUCUAUCAUUCCUAUGCUGGAUGCAGUGCUGUAACCAACAGCUUGCUAAGACACUAGUGCCAAAUUUCUCUCUAGUAAUUUUCAUAUGAAGCUCUUUCUCAUUAUUAUGACCAGUAUGAAUUGAUUAUUCAGGCAUCUGCAGCUGUUUAAAGGUCUCUUGUGGUGUUACCAAUUAACAUGCUUUGCUUCUGAGUUCAAGCACAGUUAGUGAUGUGCUUUCUCAAACUAGACUAUGUGUGCUUCUUCAUUCCCCUUUCAGCUUAGUGCGGUAACCAUGUGUGCUUCUUCAUUCCCCUUUCAGCUUUGUGCAGUAACUAUUGUGGAUAGUGUUGAAUGCUUUGAACAGACAAAACUAAAACAGAUGGCUGGAAUAUGGACCUGUUCUGUGUCUCAAUAGAAUAUUGAAGAAGGGUACUGGUUUGGGCUAGUUGGCUGCGCUUGUGCCUGUUGUUCCCCAGUCCUCAUUCCAAGUGGUGCGCAAAUAGCAUUGAUCAUGAAUAUUGAAGCCUACUGGACAAACAUUCGUGGCCAAGUGAACCCAGGUUGGGUAGCAGGCAAUGAAAGAGUGCCAUUCAAAGUUCAACUUGUGUUGCUGACAUGCUUCACAAGGGCGAUUCUUAACAGUGACAAAGCAUCCUGUUGACAACUGCACUCGCCGUCCUGCAGUAAAAUGUUCAUCCAGUGCCAUGUUAGUCUGGAGGUUAUUUAGUGUACUAGGAGAAAGGCAAAGCUUGUUGCAUAAAAUGAUGCAAAUUGCACAUUUCUUUACACAUGACAUGCAUUGCAUUUUGUUUUUAAUUUUUGAUGGCAGUCUCUCAGUCAUUCCUACUUGCACAUGGGUGAACCAACUUAACGAGUGUGCUGCUAGAUUAAAAAGAAGAAUGUGCGUGUGCAUGUCCUGAAUGCAGGUAGCACACUUUCAGCGCAGCAAUGAAGUUUCACUGCUACUCCCGUGGUGUCUAGUUUUGUUCUCAACAGUUGUUUUAUAGGUCCACUGUUGGGCAUAUGUCUUCAGUUCUUUGCAGUGUUCUUUUCCACAGUGUUACGUGAAGCUCUUUGUUUUUGUGCCUGUUGAAUGCAAAUUGGCAGGCAUGAAGAAAAUGUACUUCAGGUUUUACUCCCAAUGGGCUGAAUCUUUUUAGCUUGGCAUCAAGGGCCAUGCCACUCCUGCUUCACUGUAACUAACAGUGAGCUUUCUGUGUUUUGUGCAAAACAUAAUUCUAGUCAUAUAAAAACUGCUUCAUUUUGCAGACCUCUGCAUUUUUUGGUAUUGCUGCCUGUGUGAUCUCAAUAAAAACCACUACAUGCUGCAA